AUGCCUUAUCGCAUUGAAACUGCUCGCCAAGGCCGAGCUGGCUGCAAGAGCCCGGAGUGUAUUAAGAAGCAGGUCAAGAUUGCCAAGGGCGAACUCCGCAUUGGUACCUGGAUCGAUGGUCAGAGCUUCCAAAGCUGGGCCUGGCGCCACUGGGGCUGCUUGACUCCCAAGAUGAUCGAGAACAUUAAGAAUUCUCUUUCUGAUGAGAACGAUACCUCCGAGCUCGAUGGCUACGAGGAGCUUGAUGUCGACGACCGGGCCAGGAUUGACAGGGCCUUUAAGAAUGGCCACGUUGACGAUGAGGAAUGGAAUGGCGACGUUGAAUUCAACCGACCUGGAAAGACGGGCAUGCGUCCUCGUGCUACCAAGGCCAAUGCUAAGACUGAGGAGUCAAAGGAAUCCGAGGAGUCAUCUUCUGUUGUCAAGCAUGAGCUCUCUGACGCUGAGGGUGCUGAGGACCAGCCCAAGAAGAAGCGUGCUCGCGCCAAGAAGGCCACAGAGAACGACACUGCUAUUGCGGAUGCUGCCGUCACUGAGGUUGCCACCGCUGAGAGCGAGCCCAAGGCGUCUAAGGAGCGUGGUCGCCCUGCCAAGAAGGCGUCCGAGGAUGAGUCUAUUGAUGCCACUUCUGAGGUGAAGGCUGAUUCCAAGAAAGCCGCCCGUGGCAAAAAGCGUACCCAGGAUGAGGUUGACGCUGCUAAUGCGGAGCCCAAGUCGGAGCGCCGACGCUCUCUCCGAAACCGCAAGACCACUGCUACCUAUGCUGACAGCGAAUCCGAGGAGGACGCUGACAACGAUUCCGACGAGGACCUUAAGAAAGAGGCGGCUCCUCAGAAGACGCAUAAGAUUACUGGUUCUGCCGUCCCCAAGGAAACCAAGAAACGUGCCACUGGCGGUAAGAAGGUUGCUGACAAGGAUGCUUCUGCCGCUGAGAAGGAGGGCAAACCCGCCGGUAAGAAGGCGGCUGUUCCUGCCAACGCGUCCAAGAAACUCUCUCCCCCCACGAAGAGUGAAGUCAAAAAGGAGGAAACAUCGUCUACUGACACCGAGAAUGCCGUUACUAACGGCAAGACCGCGAAACGUGCGAAUGGUGCGAAGGCUGCCAACAGCUCAAAGACCAAGAAUGGCGGGAAGGAUGAGCAGCAUGUCGAGAAGAUGAAGGUUGAGCAGCCUGCUGAGGAUAAAAAGCGAACCCGCGGCGACAAAGGUAUCAAGGAGGAGAAGCCCGCUGAGGCGGCCGAGAAGACCAAGCGCAUCCGCGGCGCGAACAAAAAUCCCAAGGAGACCGCCGAUGCUCCUGAAAAGAAGCUCAAGGCCACCCGCAGCCGCAAGGCCGCUGCCACUGAGCCCGCUGAGGAGCUGACCAAGAAGGGCACCAAGCAGACCGCGAAGAAGACCCCUGAGGGCACCGAUGCCGGCAAGGGGAAGCCCAACCGUGAUCGCAAGGCUGCUGCCGCGAAGGAGCCUUCUGAGGGCUCUGAGGACAAGUCCGCGGGCAGCGCCGAUGACAAGCCCCAGAACGCACACAAGGAGCAUUCUGCCAAAAUUGCUGAGGCUGUCACCGAGCCUGAGAAAGUUGUUAAGAAGGAGGCCAGCCAGGAGCCUGCCAGGUCCAGCGCUGAGCCUACUGAGGCCACCAAGGAGACCGCCAAGGUCGAGGACGAUGAGGAGUUCGCUGAGGUCACCAAGGACACGGUCAAGGUUGAAUAA